ACCCGCUGCCAUCGUUACCCGGCCUCCGCGUCCCGUCGCCGGGCAACGCGCGUCCCCGCCGCCCGCUCCCCGCCGCCAUGUCCCGCCCGGAGCCUGCGGGAGGCCCCGCUCCCCGCACCAGCGACUGGUACCGCACCGGCCCCGGGCUGCCCGGCCGUUUCCAGCAGCCAGCCUGCUUCCGCGGCUACGGGAAACCGGAGCCGCACCCCCUGUACCGGACCACCAACCAGACCUACGGCAGCAGAGCCCCCACCGUGCACGAAGUGCCGACCUCCUUCCACGUCACCUCGCACGCCUUUUCCAACAGCCUGGGGCAGUGUGGCAUGUACAAAGACAACGGGCUCAACACCUCCCUGGAGAAGAGCCACGUCACCGGCCCAGACAACUUCAUCACCGCUUACGACCACUUCAACUUCCACCCCAGCUACAACCCCAGCGGCCCGUCCUGCUGUUAGACCUGCCCCGGUGCCCAUGACAACGUGAAGCCACUUUACUGCUGGCUGCCUAGUUAAAAAAACCCCAAAAUACAAAAAAACCUCUGUAUAACCAAACAGCAGCACUGACCUUAUCCUAAAUCUGUCGCUAAGCCCCGUCUGACAGCGUGACAGGAGGCACCGUGUGGUGGCUAAACGAGGUUAAGGGUAUUUGACUGAGAAUAUCAAUAAUAUUGCUUUUCAAAAUGCCUUUGAGUGUAUGGGAAUGCUGUGACAGUGACAGCAAACCUGGGCAGCACACCUUCCCGAGGGCUUUGGGAAUAACACCCAAAUCAGUAUUUUUGGAUAUUUCUCACCCACUAUUGACUUUGUGAAGAUAAGUGGGGAAAGGGCAAUUAGUACAGGCUGAUCCUGUGGCACCAGUGGUGUGUCGGCUGCGAGGGUCCACACUGCUCCAGAGAUACUGAAAGUGUGAGUUGUUAUCACCAAAGAGAGCAAAAUCAUACAGACUGCCAGGAAAAUAACUCAUAAGGCACAAUAAUCAGCAGAUCAACAUGUGCUUCACGCUAUUAACCACCCAAGGCAGCAUUUAAUGAGCAUUUUUCUGUUGAACACAGGACAAAAAAAUAUCUUUCAGCUUGGUAAUGUGGGACUUGCUCUUACAAUGUGAUGAACAGCUACAGAAUCAGCCAGUUGAAGGUAGCAGUGCAUUUCUAAGAGUAACCCCAAACCCAAACUGGUUUAUUUACUCUUAUUUCUUUUUUAACAGGACUCCUCCCUAGUUCACAAGGUCACAGAUUUAGCUUUGGGGGAAAAAAGCAGUUAAAAUCUGUGUUAGCAAAACUGAGGUCAGUUAAUUUGUGGGAGAACAUACACACAGCCACUUUGGUACUAGAUGAAAAUAAUUGAUGGACAGGACGAAUGUUAUGAGGAAUAAUAUCUUAAUUUAGAAAGAUUUCACGUGAUUAAAGGUCAGUUAAACAGCUCAUAUGAGCCAUUUUACUUCAUUUAUGGGCAGCACAUAGUUGUAACUACCAGAACAACAUAAGUUAUAUAUAUUCCCUUAAGCUUUUCUCUGUCACUGAAGAUCCUUUAAACACUUGGCUCAUGUACGACAUAGCAUUAAAAAUUAAGAAUUUAAAACUGUUUCUGUACUACUUAAUGAACAAUCAAACUAUAUGUUUUCCAGAGAUAUUCACUGAGCCUUCGGAUUUCUUGUAGAAAGCACAUUCAUCUUUCUUGCCUCUCAAAACCACAAUGUUUUAAGAAAUUAUUCAAAUAAAGACAACUAAUCAAAAA